CGAUACGUGGCUGCCGCCUGUCCCCGCCGAGGAGGCGCAGCAGCCGGAGAUGGCGGCGGUGCUGAAUGCGGAGCGACUCGAGGUCUCUGUUGACGGCCUCACGCUAAGCCCAGACCCGGAGGAGCGGCCUGGUGCGGAAGGCGCCCCGCUGCUGCCACCGCCGCUACCGCCACCUUCGCCUCCCGGGUCCGGCCGGGGCCCGAGCGAGCAGUCGGAGCUCGGAGAGCUGGCGGCUGGGGGCGCGGCGGAGGAGGCGCGGCGGCUGGAGCAGCACUGGGGCUUUGGCCUGGAGGAGCUGUACGGCCUGGCGCUGCGCUUCUUCAAAGAAAAAGAUGGAAAAGCAUUUCAUCCAACUUAUGAAGAAAAACUAAAACUCGUGGCACUGUACAAGCAGGUUCUUUUGGGUCCAUAUAAUCCAGACACUUGCCCUGAGAUUGGAUUCUUUGAUGUGUUGGGAAAUGAUAGGAGGAGAGAAUGGGCAGCCCUGGGAAACAUGUCAAAAGAGGAUGCCAUGGUGGAGUUUGUCAAGCUCCUAAAUAGAUGUUGCCAUCUCUUUUCAACAUAUGUUGCAUCCCACAAAAUAGAGAAAGAAGAACAAGAAAAAAAAAGGAAGGAGGAGGAGGAGCGAAGGAGGCGUGAAGAAGAAGAAAGAGAACGUCUGCAAAAGGAGGAAGAGAAGCGUAGGAGAGAAGAAGAGGAAAGGCUUAGACGGGAGGAAGAGGAGAGAAGGAGGAUAGAAGAAGAGAGACUUCGUUUGGAACAACAAAAGCAGCAGAUAAUGGCAGCUUUAAACUCCCAGACUGCCGUGCAGUUCCAGCAGUAUGCAGCCCAACAGUAUCCAGGGAACUACGAACAGCAGCAAAUUCUCAUCCGCCAGUUGCAGGAGCAGCACUAUCAGCAGUAUAUGCAGCAGUUGUAUCAAGUCCAGCUUGCACAGCAACAGGCAGCAUUACAGAAACAGCAGGAAGUAGCAGUAGCUGGGGCUGCUUUGUCUACAUCAUCAAAAGUGAAUGCAACUGUACCAGUUGAUAAAAUGUCAGUUAAUGGACAGGCCAAAACCCACACUGAAAACUCUAAAAAAGAACCGGAACCUGAAGCUGCAGAAGAAGCCUUGGAGAAUGGACCAAAAGACUCUCUUCCAGUGAUAGCAGCUCCAUCUAUGUGGACACGACCCCAGAUCAAAGACUUUAAAGAGAAGAUUCGGCAGGAUGCGGAUUCCGUUAUUACAGUGGGCCGAGGAGAAGUGGUCACUGUUCGAGUACCCACCCACGAAGAAGGAUCCUAUCUCUUUUGGGAGUUUGCUACAGACAAUUAUGAUGUUGGGUUUGGGGUGUACUUUGAAUGGACAGACUCUCCAAACACUGCUGUCAGCGUGCAUGUCAGUGAGUCCAGUGAUGAUGACGACGAGGAGGAAGAAAACAUCAGUAAUGAAGAGAAAGCCAAAAAGAAUGCCAACAAGCCUCUGCUGGAUGAGAUUGUACCUGUGUACCGACGGGACUGUCAUGAAGAAGUGUAUGCUGGCAGCCAUCAGUAUCCAGGAAGAGGAGUUUAUCUUCUCAAAUUUGACAACUCCUACUCUUUAUGGAGGUCCAAAUCAGUCUACUACAGAGUCUAUUAUACUAGAUAAAGAUGUUGUUACAGAGUAUGGAGGCUAGGGUUGGGCAGAAGAUGGCAUUUAAUUUGGAAAUCUCUUUUGACUUGUGGAGCAUUGGAGUCAGUGUUUAUUGCUUUUAUUCUAAUGGUUUUUGAACUCUUGUUGGGAAUCAAGAUUUCUCUGAGACCCUUUGACAUUAAUAAUUUAGGGUUAAAGGGAUCCCUCAGACUCAUCUAGCCCUUGGGUGCUGACCAGCAGAGUCUCUAGUGGAUGCUGAAGUUACAUGUUAAAUACCUGUAAAGUCUCCAAAAUAAAAUAUCCCACCGCUGACCCCACUUGGCUGAUGGUUAGUCCAUUGCUGCCUGUUCCAUGUGUUUUAUGAGAGCCCGUACUAUACUGCCCUUUGAUUUGAAAUCUUUAUGUUAAAUAGCUACAUGAGAUGCAGCUGGCUUUAACUGAAGGUCACCAUUUUUAAAACCCGAAAAACUCAAGACCUCACUGAUUAUAUAGAAACAAAAUUGUCUCAAUCUAAUCUUGUUCUGAGUGAUCAAGAUUAUUUUGCUUCUGGUGCAACUGUUUAGAGUUAUAUUACAGAGAAUUAUUUUCUGAGAUGAUCUUAACCUAGAAUGUUCAAACCCAACUGACAGUUGAAGUAUCUAGAUACACAAAACACCUCCAACAUCCUUCUUAGCUAGGCUCCACAAAUUCCCAGUUUUUCUCUCUUCAUCUGUUUUCCAGACAGUAAGUAGCAAAGCAAAAUUAAGUUUUGUCUUGAUUUGGCUUUAUAGAUCAUCUCAAAUUGGAACUGUUUUCUGGACAACCAGACAGUUUAGGGAUUUUGUAAAAUUACAUUGGCACCUACAUAAUUUAAAUAUUUUAAAUCAUUUUAAUAUAAUUUAGUGAUGGGGAGUAACAUUGCACUAGUAGGAAAUCACUGCCAGAGACAGGCCAUUUUCUUUUUGUUACUACUUAGGCACAAAUCCUACAUGAUUCCAGUCUGGAAUUACUUGUUAGAAUUGGAAAUACAUGUGCACAUGCUUAAAUUUUAUAGCUUUAAUCUACAUUAUGUCUUUAUUUUGCAUUUUGAUGGGAAGAGGAGGUGCAUCUUUGUUUUCCUCACUGAAAACAAAUAUGAAUUAAUUGCCUCAAAAUUGUAUUAAGUGAUUGACUAGUCUAGAGAUUCUUGUUUUCAAAAGGGAGUGUGAUGUAGAUAGAAAAUCACAAAGAUGGCAGUUACACUUAACGUUAUUAAAUGUUGUUACUCGAAUACUUAGAUUUUUUAAAUUUCAAAUCAUAAAUCACUUCUUGUAGAAGGGUUCCCACUGAUUGACUGCAGUAUAUUCAGUUCACUACCUAAUGAACUGUUUGAGUUUCUUGUGUGCCCUGCAUUUCUUUCUGUUUUUUUAAUACCUGGUUUUGUACAUAUCUAACUCUUCUUUCAGUUGUUCAGAAAUUGGAUUGUUUUCUUCUAAGCAGUGCUGAUUUGUGUUCUUUUAGUUUGAUUCAGAAGUAGUCCUAGCUCAUAGGUGUCCAUACUGUUACAUCCAGAAUGUCUGUCAGGCUGUCUGUCAGCUCUCAUGUGCAUAUGGUAUAGAAACCAUGGGGUGAGGUUCUUUCUGGAAGUUUUUUUUUUUUUUUAAUGCAAAAAAUACUGUAUUUAAAAUGUAAAGUAAACUUGACAAAGCAGGCACUAAUAUAUAUUUCUUCCAGGCUUUGAUUAUAGGUUUUGUCCGUACACAUGUUAAGAUGACUUGUCUUCUAAAAAUAUUGUUGUUGGGAGCAGAGCAGUAUGUUACUUUACAGCAGUUCCUGCCAUGUGGCAUGUCAGAACAUUUUUGGUUUAAAACUUUUUUAUUGCCUUUGGCUGUUGAUUAGUACAGUAUAAGUGCGAUUUCAAAAAGAUCUUGGAAUAAUAUAUUUAAUCAAUUAAAAUGUUUAUCUGUAA